AGUAACACCAUGUAUGUAUAGUAUUCUAUGGUUACGUUUUAACCUCAAAAGCUAAAUGCUUUUGCUUUUAGCGUUUUUGUAGUUUGCAUACGUAAAUAUUAGUGGACGUUUUGCGUAAUGGCUCGAAAUGCAGAAAAAGCAAUGACAACAUUAGCCCGAUGGAGGGCCGCACAAUUAGGCGAAUCUGAUAAACAUAAAAAAAGACGCCCUUACUUGGCGACCGAAUGUAAAAACCUGUAUGCGUGCGAAAAGUGGCGUAUGCAAAUAAUUCGCGAGAUAGCGAAGAAAGUUGCACAAAUUCAAAAUGCGGGAUUGGGGGAAUUUAGAAUAAGAGAUCUUAACGACGAAAUUAAUAAGUUGCUUAGAGAAAAAAGACAUUGGGAGGUACAAAUUAAGGACUUGGGAGGGCCAGAUUAUCAAAGGGUCGGUCCUAAAAUGCUUGAUCACGAAGGAAAAGAAGUACCAGGCAAUAAGGGAUAUAAAUAUUUCGGAGCAGCCAAAGAACUUCCAGGUGUUCGAGAAUUAUUUGAACAGGAGCCACCACUUCCACCUAGAAAAACACGUGCAGAGUUGAUGAAGGAUAUUGAUGCGGAUUACUACGGAUAUCGUGAUGAUGAUGAUGGCAUUCUAAUUCCGCUUGAACAGGUUGCUGAAAAAAAUGCCAAACAGAAAGCAAUAACAGAAUGGAAAGUGGACAAAGCUAAUGAAAAUAAUAACACCGAGGAUGAUGAAGAAAAUAUUUACAAUGUAAAUGAUUCGUCCGACGAAGAGUACAUUACAGAUAGUUCUUGGGAAAAAUUUGCUGUUCAGAUUCCCGUACCCACACAACAUGAUGUCGAACAAGCAUUAUUAAGACGAAGGAAACAAGAACUUUUAGAAAAAUAUGGGGCAUUAUCAGAAGAAGAUAAAUAACUACCUACUUACAUUUAAGAUAUAUCCGCUUUUAUGAUUCCUCUACAUAGGAGAGUAAAUUCUGUAACAGAC